UCUGUCUGGUAGUACAGCAGGGAUAUACAUUGUUAUUUUCAGUUCAAAUACUGCCCUCUUGGAGAUGAAUGGACGUGCUGCAUUCAGGCAGCAGUGACGUGAGGAUGGAUGGAAAGGGUUAAUGUGCCUGCUCACUGUUUGUAUCACUGAGCUGCCAGAACUGCAGUCUGCAUCUCAUCCAUGCACAGAUGGCUCUGUGUAUUUUACCACCCGACAUCAUCACCAUCACAUCUGAACAAAAGGCCAGAUGAUCUGCUUUCAAAUAAAGGCGAUGUUUCCUUGCAUUCUGAUGACUUCAUUGUUUCCAGAGGUUACAAAAGCUGAAAGAGGAUUGUUGAUGUACUAAAAGGAGCAAGCUAUGGAGGCAGAUUACCUUUCCUUUGAAAAUCCUCUCUACAGAGAACUGAAAUAUUUCUACAAGAAGGUGAAAGGCGCCUACAUGGAUUUAAAGGAUGACCUAACUCCUUACAAAGAUGAUCGGUACUAUAGAAUAGCACCAAUGAGAUUAUAUACUCUCUCCAAGAGACACUUUGUCCUGGUGUUCAUGGCCUUCUUCAUAUGUUUUGGACUAAUAGUUUUUAUUGGAAUAGCUGGUCCAGAAAUUAUUACACACACAGCAUUACCACCAAUUCCAUCCACAAAGAAAGGUAAUCUGUCUAGCCCACUGAAACUGCGAACACCAGGGUUAUCCACAUACAACCAGGAGCUAUGGUUAACAUGUCGGUUUGAACAAAGUACAGAAGUGGAAUUCCGGAAAAAUGUUUCCAUGAUGGUUGCAAUAAAUGGAGUCAUACCAGACACCAGUGUGCCAAACAUUAGGGUGCAACCUCAUAACCAUACUCGGUCUCUUCACUGUCCAAAUCGGCUCUGUGAUGAAAUAAUUGUUCUCCAUCUUGGUUAUCUGAACUACACGGAAUAUGUUUUUACUGUCACAUUUUACAAUCUAGUGAACACUGAGUUUUCAAUAAAGGAUGUGAAUUUCACUCUGAAGAUGUAUAAUGCCUCAUUUUCACAAGUGGAGAUCUGGUUCCGGUUUAUCUUUGUAGUUUUCACCUUCAUGGUCACAUGCCUGUUCGCUCACUCUUUGAGGAAGUUUUCAAUGCGAGAUUGGGCGAUUGAACAGAAAUGGAUGUCCAUCUUAUUGCCGUUGUUACUGCUUUAUAAUGACCCAUUCUUCCCACUGUCAUUUCUUAUAAACAGUUGGUUUCCAGGAAUGCUGGAUGAUCUUUUCCAAGCGAUCUUCCUCUGUGCUUUGCUGCUGUUUUGGCUCUGUGUUUACCAUGGAUUCCGUGUGCAGGGAGAGAGGAAGUUCUUAACAUUUUAUUUGCCUAAACUAUUAAUUGUUGGUCUCCUCUGGCUGGCUGCUGUGACACUGGGAAUAUGGCAGACAGUUAAUGAGUUACGUGACCCAACAUACCAAUAUCGAGUGGACACAAGCAACUUCCAGGGAAUGAAGAUUUUCUUUUUCUCAGUGGGUUCCCUGUAUGUACUCUAUCUGGUUUUCCUGAUUCUGAGGGCUUGCUCGGAACUGAAAAAUAUGCCAUACUUCGAUCUCCGACUGAAAUUUUUGACUGGGUUAACAUUUAUUGUGUUGAUAAUUAGCAUUAUCAUAUUGUAUCUGAGGUUUGGAGCAAACAUCCUGCAAGAUAACUUUGUGGCAGAGCUUUCAACGCAUUAUCAGAACUCAGCUGAGUUUCUAUCCUUCUAUGGCCUACUGAACUUCUACCUGUAUACACUGGCAUAUGUGUAUUCCCCCUCGAAGAAUGCUGUGUAUGAAUCCCAGCUAAAGGAUAACCCAGCCUUUUCCAUGUUAAAUGAUUCUGAUGAUGAUGUGAUUUAUGGGAGUGAUUAUGAAGAGAUGCCUUUACAAAAUGGCCGUGCCAAUAAGUCAAAGUACCAGGAUGAGUCCGAUAGUGAUUGAAGUACUUCUUCAGAGGGUUAAUUGUUUUCCCUUGUUAAUUUCUGAAAAUGGAUGGUGAAGCCAAAUUUUCUUUCAACUCUUUUCCAUGUCAGCAUCCUCUAGCUGAAUUGUCCCACUGGUAACUUAACCUGUAAAUAUUUAACCAUCUCAUUCUCUGAUCACCUCAUCUGGUUGUCCUGCCCUUAACGGUACCUUCUGAUUGUGAGCAGAGGGAGGAGCAGAUUACCGUGCUGAAGACGAGCAUUUCCUGUUCUUUGUGGAUAAAGGGAGUGUGCAGUUUUAUCUGAAACUAAAUCAUGCAGCUUCUCAAGGUGUUUCUACCUAAUGAACAAUUAUAAUGCCAUGAAUGUUCUGUUGUGAGCUCACUUUUAGACUAGAUGCCAUAUACAGCGCGUUCAAAACCCUGAAUGGAGUAAUGUGUAACUUUUUAAAGCAGAACUUUGGAUGCUGCUUGUGAAUGCAUUUGAUGCUGUUUUAAAAUUCAAAAUGUCUGAGAAAUGAAUCAAGCUGUGGACCAGAGAUUGAAAUUCCAAGUCCAACUGUUAGUAGUAUUAUAACAUUACUUUAUAACGUUAAAACUAUUUUCUAAACAAAAUAAAGGAUUGGAAUUUCAAGCUCAUGCUUUUAUUUGUGUUACUUUUAAAAUAUGAUACAAUGUUAAAUACUUUUGACAAGUAAUAUUUACUACUUCAAUUUGAGAGCCAGUGUCAGAGAGAAGAAAAAAAACAGUUAAUUUGCUCUGACGAUACCACUACACAUUAUUGUUUACAGGUGCUUAUUCUAGAACAGUUAGCUGACUAUACAUGAACACCUCUGGAAGUUUCUCUCAUUGUGAUAGCAUAUUUAAUCCAAUGUUCAGAUUUAUUAUUGCCACAAUAAAUCUGAAGUCCUGCCUGAAGUAAGGAAAAUGGCCAUUUGUAAAUAAUCUCUCCUCCUGUUGCUAGUUCUCUUUGUCCUAAUCAUAUACUAUUUUUCCAUACUUUUAUCUCCUGGAAGUACUUAAACGUUGAUUGAAAAUCAGUGUUUUUCAUGUUCGGUUGUUUCUAUCUUAAAUAAACUAUUAGCAAAGCAGAAAAAUCUAUUUUAGAAACACUAAAAAGAAUUCCAAGUGGAUGAACAGCUAAAUUGUUCCUUGCUGCUACAAGUUAUAUGGAGAAUAGGGCAGAAUGUCUCAUCUAGGAUAAUUGAUGUUGGGCAGGAAUAGAAUGGAAUUUGCAACUCCAUUGAGGUAGUAUAACAAGGUGUUUGUCCAGGGAAAUUGUAACGUACACUCAGGAAGACUUAAGGUCCAGUUCUGAUGUGGGUUUCCUGUACUUUGAUUUAAAAUUUCAAUUGUUGAAAAAUGAGAUGGGUAAAGUGGGGUGGGGACUAACACAAGAGACCUAAGAUCUGGUUGUGGUAUUCAAUUUGAGGUUGUUUGACCGACACCCAUUUCCCUGAGGCACGGCAAACCAACUCUCCCAUACCGACUCGCCUUUCCUAGAAGAUUUGUUUUAUGUUUGAUAUGGAAAAUGCAAUGUUACUUUUCAUCAGGAUAUUUGAUCUUUAAGGCAGCAAUAAAAUCAAAUGUUUUAAUUGGGGUAAUAUUAACUUGAUUGGGCAUUAGUAAUACACCCUGCCUCAAACUAUAUCCCACCAAUUACUGGAAGUGAUCCUGAUUUCCCUACCUGUCAUCAUCUUGUACAUCGUCAGUUUAUGUUCUAACAAUCAGACAUCUCAGGUUCCUCAUCUAAGUUGAUCCCAGGAGAAAACAAGCAAGUUGUCUUUACCUGUCUGAACCAAGCAAGCUGUCUCUAGCUUUUUAAACUUUAAAAGUUGUCUUUAGUAUUUUAACUGUUCAAAGACGAGAGAGAGUGAAGUUUUAGUGCACAGCAGGAUGCGAGUGACUGCUCAGGUGGGCAGGGAAGUGGCAGAUGGGGCUAAAUUGUGAGGAUAUGCAUUUAGUGAUAUACAUGGUAUAGGUAGUGAGGGGUGGGAGGCUAGCACUUACCAAUGGAUCCUUAAAGGUAGAGGACUGGUAUGGAAGGAAGUUGAAAAAGCACAUGGGAUGCCUUCAUUUAUUAGGCAUAACAGAGAAUAAAAUGUGAGAGAGAUAGGUAGAUGCUUUUCUUUGAAACAGAGAAGGAUGAGGAGAGUUUCAUUCAUCCAGUAUUAAAUGUGACCUUGAGCUCACUGACCAUCCAGAGCUCCAUUAGAUUGACACCAUUAUUCUCCCCACAUGCAAUCAACUGCACCCCCCCCCCCCCCCCACCCACUGACCUGCACACCACAUGCAAUUUACAGUGGCUAAUUAAUCAUCUGAGCCACAUGUUGGAUUUGGGAGGAAAUCAGGACCCCACACACAUAGGACUGGGUCAAACCUAGGUCACUGCGGCAAUGACUGUGCUACUCUGCUAACUUCACCAACCUGCUGUUUAACUGAGGUGUAUAAAAAUAUGCAUGGUCUCCGAAGAAUAGUGGUUUAGAGGGAUGGUGGUAUAUUACAGGGUCCAGAACCAACCUGCAGGAAAACAGACCCACUGCUGAAAGGUGAGAUUGGGCUGAGGUGUUUUAACUUAGCCAACACAGCACAAUGGGCAGAUGGCUUCCUCCUGUGUUGUCUAAUUUUUGUGACUCACCAGGAAGAAGAUAUAUAAGAACAUAGGAGAUAGGAGCAGGAGUAGGCCAAUCGGACCCUCAAGCCUGCUCCGCCAUUCAACAAGAUCAUGGCUGAUCCAAUCUUAACUCUAGUUUUCACCGAAUCCCACAAGGCAACAGUGCCAACCAACAGGGCACCAUGCUGCCCAUUUUAUUUUAUUAUUCAUCCCGCCCAAACCCAUGUGAUCACCCGGGAGAAAAAGAAACGAUUUGCCAAUUGAGGAGAAAAAUCUGGAAAAUUCCUCUCCGACCCAUCCAGACUAUCGAAAACUGGCCCAGGAGAUCACAUGGCUGAUCUAAACCUAGCCUCAUGUCCACUUACCUGCUCGCUCACCGUAUCCCCUAAUGCCAUUUUUAUCCAGGAAAAUGUCUAUCUCCGUUUUGAAUUUAUUGAGUGUAGUAGCUUCCACAGUUCUCUGGGGCAGUAAAUUCCACAGCCCCACUACCCUCUGAGUGAAGAAAUUUCUCCUCAUCUCAGUCCUGGAACGGCAUCCCCUUAUUUUAAGAUUAUGCCCCCUAGUCCUAGUUUCACCCAUCAUUGGGAACAUUCUCCCCGCAUCCACCGGAUCACAAUCUUAUAUGUUUCAAUAAGAUCGCCUCUCAUUCUUCGGAACUCCAAUGAGUAGAGUCCCAAUCUACUCAACCUCUCAUCAUACAUCAACCCACCCAUCCCCGGAAUUAACCUAGUGAACCUUCUCUGCACUGCCUCAAGAACCAGUAUGUCCUUUCUUAAAUAUGGACACCAGAACUGCACGCAGUACUCCAGGUGUGGUCUCACCAAUACCCGGUACAACUGCAGUAAGACCUCCCUGUUCUUACACUCCAUCCCCCUCGCAAUAAAAGCCAGCAUUCCAUUGGCCUUCUUGACCACCUGCUGCACUUGCAUACUAACUUUUUGUGUUUCCUGCACCAGGACCCCCAGAUUCCUUUGCACAGAAGCACUUUCCAGUUUCUCUCCAUUUAGAUAAUAACUUGCUCUAUUAUUUUUCCUGCCAAAGUGCAAGACCUCACACUUGUCAGUAUUAUAUUUCAUCUGCCAAAUGUCUGCCCAAUCACUCAGCCUAUCUAUGUCCCCCUGCAGGGUUUCAAUGUCCUCAUUACACUCCCUCCCAUCUUUGUGCCAUCAGCAAACUUCGAUAUGUUGCACUUAGUCCCUUUCUCCAAAUCAAUAAUAUAGAUUGUAAAGAGUUGGGGUCCCAACACUGACCCCUGCGGAACACCACUAGUCACCAACUGCCAGUCUGAGAAUAAACCAUUUAUCCUAACUCUCUGUUUUCUGUUAGAAAGCCAAUCCUCCACCCAUGCCAGAAUAUUAUCCCCAAUCCCAUGAUUUUUUACUUUAAGUAAUAAUCUUUGGUGUGGCACCGUGUCAAAUGCCUUUUGGAAGUCCAAAUACACCACAUCCACUGGUUCCCCUUUAUCUACCCUAUAUGUUAUGUCCUCAAAGAACUCCAACAAAUUUGUCAAACAUGACUUCCCUUUUGUAAAAGAUCUUUGGAAGGUCUGUUGUUAUUGUGUGUGUAGGUCACCAUUUAAAUGCAACCUUAGCCAGAUUUUAUGGAAUGGGCUGCAGAAUUUUCCAUUGCCCCUUCAGCCUAAAUUAUUUUAAAAAUGCGUAUGUAAAAAUAAUGCCAAAUUUGAAGCCUUUCCUCCACAAAUCAAUCAAUUCAUCCAGCUAAUAAAGGACUGAAACAUUCACCACAUUUAAAUGGUACUCUGAUAGCCCAUCACUGAGGAGACACAGUGUUCCCUCUUCUAAGUCAAUUCUUGGCACCAUACUCCAGGAGAGAGAUCAGAGGGUUCAGAGGUUUGCUCAAAUGAUUUUGGAGGUAAGGGCUUUUGUUCUGUGGAUAGGUUGGACAAGCUGAGGGUGUUCUCCUUGGAACAGAGGAGAGAGCCGAGGAUCUAAUAAAGAUGUUUAAAAUUAUGAAAGGUCAACACUCAGUGAGACUGGUGCGUAAAUAGAAACAUCCCUUUGGAGGAAGGUUCAAGAACUGAGGACACAGAAUGAAGAGAAUUGGUGAAAGAACCAGAAGAUAUAUCAGGAAUGUUUUUUGAGCAUUGGUGAUUGAGAACGCACUGCCAAAGAGGGUAAUGGGGCAGAGUCGAUUGUAGAGUCCAAAGAAA